CUAAACUGGUUAGAUCAGAGCUGAAAAACAAUACAAUGAUUCUCCUCCUGGGAAAGGUAAUCUCCAAACGCCCUUCACCAUCAUCAUCACUACUUAUCCCUCUGCAUAAUCAUAUUCAUUCCUUGAUAUCAUCUCUACAAACAAAUCAUUUCGAAAAUGUAGUGAUUAAUCACUGUAAGUCCGGAAAAAUCGAGAAAAUAGAUGAUGCUUUGGAUUACUUUAACAAAAUGAUUUCGAUGAUUCCAUUGCCAUCUAUUGCUUCAUUUAAUCAUAUACUUAGUUCAGUUUCCAAAAUCGGAUGUUAUUUAGAUGUAAUCACAAUGUAUAAGAAGAUGAAUGACGUCGGAAUUGAACCUUGUUUCUUUACAUUGAGCAUUUUGAUUAAUUGUUGUUGUGAAUUGAAUGAAAUUUAUUAUGGGUUCAGUUUGUUUGGUGGGAUUCUAAAGAGGGGUUAUGGUCCGAAUGUGAUUGUGUUUAGUAUUUUGAUCAAGGGGUUGUGCAUGGAAGGGAAGAUUUUUGAUGCACUUAAACUGUUUGAUAAAAUGAUUGAAUGUGGAGUUCAACCAAAUGCCAUCACAUGUAGUACAAUAAUAACUGGGAUUUGUGGAAUUUGUGAAUUGGAUGAUGCUAUUGAGUUUCUGAGGAAAUGGAAUUGCGAAGCUGAUAUUAUUUCGUUUAGUCUGGUUAUUGAUGCUUUAUGCAAAAGAGGAUCAGUUGAUGAGGCUCUGAAUCUCUUUUCUGAAACGAUAGAUGUUUCGAAAAUUGCACCAAAUGUUGUUGUGUUUAAUACUCUGAUUGACGGACUGUGCAAUUCUAACAGGUUAAUCGAAGCAGUUAAAGUCUUCGAUGACAUGUCUAGUCAAGGAGUUUCCGCAGAUUCAUAUACUUACAGUUCUCUGAUCAAAGGACUUUGCAAUUCUGAUAGGUUAAGUGAAGCAGUUAAUGUCUUCAAUAGCAUGUCUAGUCGAGGAGUUUCUGCGGAUUCAUAUACUUACAAUUCUCUAAUUCAUGGUCUAUGCAGGCGUGGGUUAUGGAAGGAAACAAUAAGAUAUUUUGAUGAAAUGGUGGGGAGUGGGAUUUCGCCAGAUGUAGUUACCUUUAACGUAUUAAUAAAUUCUCUGGCUAAAGAAGGAAGGAUGGAAGAAGCUUCCAAUAUAUUUGAUGUGAUGAUUAAGUUACGCAGAGAACCUGAUCUAUAUACUUAUAAUUCCAUGAUACUUGGUCUGUGUUCGACGGAUAAUCUAGAGGAGGCACACAGAUUGUUUGACUCCAUUACGGAUAAGGGUCUUGAACAAAAUGUUUAUAGCUUCGGUGUGUUGAUUAAUGGGUAUUGCAAGAGGUGUAGGUUGGAUGAAGCUAUUCAACUGUUCAGAAAAAUGCAAAACAAGGGAUUGAAACCUAACCAAGUUACCUACACUACACUAAUAGAUGGAUUAUGCAAGACUGGAAAAUUUAGAAUGGUGCAGAGUAUGUUAAUUGAGAUGCAAGCUUAUGGGGUAUCUCCGGAUAUAAUUACAUAUAAUACACUUGUGAAUGGGUUGUGCAAAGCUGGAAACAUUGAGAAGGCAAGACAACUCUUCUUUGAAAUUCCUAUCAAAGGAUUAGCUGCGAACGUUGUAACAUAUAACACCAUGAUCAAUGGCUUGUGCAAAGAAGGGAUGUUUAUUGAAGCCGAAAAGGUGAUCAAUGAAAUGAAAAAUAUAGGUUGCGAGCCUGAUGCCAUCACUUAUAAUGCCAUUAUUAAGGGUUAUCUUGAGGAAAAUUAUGUUGCAAAAGCAUUAGAGUUUCUGGAAGAACUGCGCGGAAGGAAAUUGUCACUGAACAAUGCCACAAAAUCUCUAUUAAUAAGUUCCUUGUCCGCAGAUCAACUCAAAAACUUGGAUUUACUUGAAACCUAGAUGAGAUCGAUGUAACUUGUAAGGGGAAUUGUAAGUAUGCAGGAGAUAUGACGGCAUUAGUGAAAGACUCAAGGACCGACAGUGUCAGAUACUCAUUUUUGUAGGUGAAAACUUUUCAUUCCGCUUUGAGGCCAUUCCUCAAAACUCCAUAGAUGAUACAGUGCCUUGGUGGAGGAAUGGUUUUGGAUCAAAGACAACACCUGUAACUGGAAUGCGUGGAUUUCAUAUGUGUAGUCCUGGCAAUGAAGAAUAUUACAGCCGGUACAGUUGUAAAGAAGCAGAAGUAAGAAAAAACUUCUGUUAGAGGUAAGCUGCAGCUUACCCAAUCUGUUGCUGCCACUGUUGCUGGAUGAUAAACUCAUUAUAAAGACACUCGAGAACACAUGUUCGACCAAUGUGUGCGAACUGAAAAUCCUAGUCUUUUUAAUUCAUCUUUACCGGAAAUCCUUGUCAUUAUGCAGGAAUUUAAUGAAAAAGACUAGGAUUUUCGGUACAGUACCGCCGGAAUUAAUCUACAGUGCUCCAGAAACAUUUACAGGUAAACUUAAUAAAGUUGCAUCUUUAGAAUCAUUUUCUGAAGAUGUUAUAAGUGAACUUGAAUGGCUUAACUGAAUUCAGUGAAGAGCAAGGCAGGGAAGAUUAAGCUCCAUUAUUUGAGUCAAUUGUUGUUGAGUUGAAUGCAAUGAUUCGAAGAUGAAGUGGUAGUGGGUAUAGAGACAGUGGAUUAGUUGGAUACUUGUAGGU